GAACAGGGGAGUGGGGACUGGGGGGAGGGGGGCGGAGGUCAAGCCGAACCUUCCUCCGUAAUAAGAAGCUACGCGCCCCGCGGUCCUGGCUCGGUGGGUCCGGUCGGAUCGGGCCUGGGCGCUGGAGCUAGCUGUGGCUCCCGCCGCGGCGGGUGCGAUGGAGGCCGUACCGGAGCCCAGCGGUCACGCCGGGGGAGGCCGAGACAGCCGGCGGUGCUGGUAGAUGAGGCGGCGGCGGUGGCGGCAGCACGGACUCUCCAUGAGCAAGCGGAGGCGGCGACGGGUGCGGCGGCACCGGCGGUUUUCGGUCCCCGAGGAGGAUGAAGACACUGUUUGAAGAGAUCAAAGCAUCAAUUAAAAAUAACUAUAAUCAAGAUCGCUCAUUUUGGAGGCCUGUUCUUCCUUGGGGAGGUGUUUUUACUAUCAAAGCUGGCCGCAAAGCAGUAUCCUGUACACCACUCUAUGUUGAAAUAAGACUGAAAAAUACCUGCACCAUAGAUGGAUUCUUGAUGUUAUUGUAUGUCAUUCUCAAUGAAAAUGAAAAUUUCCCUAGGGAACUCUCUCUUCAUUUAGGUAGAGAAUUUGUAGACUGUUUUCUUUAUUUAAUGGACACCUACAGUUUUACAACUGUGAAGCUACUUUGGAUUUGGGACAAGAUGGAAAAACAGCAAUAUAAAUCUGAAGUUCAUAAAGCUUCAUUAAUAAUAGAUUUGUUUGGGAAUGAGCAUGAUAAUUUUACAAAAAAUCUCGAAAAUCUCAUGUCAACCAUACAAGAGAGUUACUGUUCCAACUGGCGAUGCCCAACUCGAGUGCAGGAAGAUCAGCAGCGCACAAUUAAUAUAAAUCCUCCUCAAGAAAUUCCACAUGGAAACUUGAUACGACUGGCUGUGGAUGAGUUAUUCUGUUCCAGGAUUGAACUGUGUGAAGAGCGUGGGUGCGGUGGCUUAAGAGAAUUUUCCCAACGAGUGUUUUGCCAUGGGGCACCCCCUUUUGUUGUCUUAAAUAUGCAGCAUUGGAAGUCUGAAGAUCUGGCAUAUGUACCUUAUUACUUGGAUUUAUCUGAUCACAAGUAUUUGUUGGAAGGUGCCACAUUGUUUAACAAAGAGGAACAUCAUUAUUCUGCAGCUUUCCAAAUUGAUGGACACUGGAUGCACUAUGAUGGCCUCAGAAAUGUGAAUUUAAUUUUGUUAAAUAAACCCCCAGAGUUUCUCCUCUUGUCAUCAUUGGUUUAUAUUCGAGCAACAGAGAAAUAAAUAUAGACUGAUGCUAAAUUAAAUUGUUUUCCCUCCUGCCAUGCUCCCCCAAAUGAAGGGCUUUUAUUUUGUAUAUACUUGGUAUCCAAGGAAAUAGUUCAACUAUGUUAGUUUCAAAGGUGUAUUUUCUAGUGUUUACCCCCAGGUAAAUGUUUUAUAUAGAGAAUCUAUGCAAAAAAUGUUUGUAUUUCUUUUUUUCUAUAUCCCAGGUUAUUUUUAUACAAGCAUUUUUUAUGUUAAAUAAAAUGUAUCUUGUGGCCUUUGUAUUUGUUAUUUAUAUGUACCUCAAGUUUGUUUUUUGUGUUUUUUUUUUUUACAAUUCUGUCUUUGAAUCCAAGAAAAUACUUCAUCAUUUGAAUUCUCAAUUUUUCUUUUUGGAUAGCCAAAUAAAACCUGGGUAUAAGUCAGUUUUCAGUUUAUAUAAAUUCAAAAUUUAUCUGACUGUAUUUAUUUGCCCUACCUCACUAUAAUCCAAAGUGCACUAUUGGAUCUAGUAUGGGUUUGAAUGUACAACUUAUAGAUGGCUGUCUAUUUUAUCUGUUGAUUUGCCUAAUGGCCCUGCAGCAAUUUUUUAAAAUACUUUGGUGAGAAUGUUCUUCUGAACUUGAAUUAUUUCUUUAUAAUGGCAAGUUACUUUAAUAACCACUUGCUAAAAUAUUAAAAAUCUACAAGUGUAUUUAAGUGUUAACUAAGAUCCUAAGCUUAAUUAAAGUUAUUGUUACAAAUAUAUAGCUAAUCUAAAUAUUUAUAAUAAAUGUAAUAGAAAUUCUCUAGCAAAAAUUUAUUUUGCAAAAAGACAAUUAUUUUAAAAAAUAUUAGGCAAACUAUAUGUUUACUAAUGUUGGAUUAACAAUGGAAAUGUACUUUAAAUAUAUAUUUAAGAGAAAAUGGGUGCCUGGGAAUACAGUUGAUCCUUAAACAACUCGGGGGCUGGGGCACUGACCCUCCACCCCAGUCAAAAAUCCCCAUGUAACUUUACAGUCGUCCCUCCAUAUUUGUGGUUCCAAAUCAAACAACCUUGGGUCAUGUGUGUUGGUGGUAUAGUGAUGAGCAUAGCUGCCUUCCAAACAACCUUGGGUCAUGUAGCACUAUAGUACGUAUUUAUUGAAAAAAAUCCAUGUGUAAGUGGACCCACACAGUUCAAACCCAUGCUGUACAAGGUCAACUGUAUUUCUCUACCUAGUAAGUCAUAUUGGCACAGAGGAAAAAAUACUUCAAUUUUUGUGGUAACAUCUGUGUGCUCCCUUGUAAAUAGUAAAUUGAUAGCAUGAGCCUUUCUUUGAUUUGCAAUAUAAAUCACCAGAAUGUUAUAGUUAUCAGAAUAUUAUGUUUCUUUUCACAGACCCGAAGAUCUCUCUUUCUUUUGCAAUUUAAAAGAAAAAAAUUAAGUACUAUUCUCAAGGGAAAAUACUUUUUGAAAUUUAUCACCAUUUAUUUUAGUGUUUAUAUUUCAAUAAACAGCCUACCUUAGGUUUCAGGUUGAGAUUGAGUGCAAUAUUUUUGGAGAUUUCUACAUAGCAAUGCAGUUCACUGCCGUAUACCAAAUUGCAAAGGUUUAAUUCAAUAAAUUAAGUCUUACAUGCUUUGGUGCCAUGCUGAGAUAACUUACUGAAGAAUGGAUAAAUGUGAGUGCAAUGCUGAUGAAAAUGCCUUUUUAUCUUAAGUAAAAAAAGGAAUAUUCAUAGCAUUUGCUCAAAAUAGUGAUUUAUUUUACUAAAAAAUUAACCCCGGGGUUUACUUAAAUAGUUCCCCACAUGUCUUUAAAUAGGAUUUAAUUUAUAGUAAACUUUCCUGGGGACAUGAAUCAAAGUACAAAAAACACGAACAUUAACAUAUAUAAAUGGUAUCAUUAAAAAAAUUAUUCCUAAUGCAGAUUUAUUAUUUUAUGAAUUGCACUUUAUUUGAAAUAAUAAUAGUGUAUCAUGAAACAUUGACUUACCUACCUCACAGGGUUGUUGUGAGGAUUAAAAUGUUUGUUAAUAUCUUGACUACCUUAAAUAUGCUAAUAAAAAAAACAUUUUUUCUA